GAAACAGACGCUGGUGUUGCGGGUUGGCUUCCUUUAACGCGCGAGAAGGCAGAUAAAUCAGCACAAGCGUCGCGUGUCGAAGCUCAGGAUCAUCAAUAUGAAAACAGACCAUGACAUUUCGAUUUGUUUCAUCCAAACGUCCAAACUAGAUUGAUUUUUUAAUGAAUUACCGUCGAGGCGCUUGUGUAGCAAACGUUUGCCAAGCGGAAGUUCGCGCGGUAGGAAAUAAGAAAAAAGUCGACAAGACUGAAAAUCACCACUUUAUUGUUUAUUUGCUUCGAAGCGUGAUAGUAUUUAAAAAAAAAUGGACACUCACGUUAAGGAGGGACAACUCUAUGUCCAACACCAGAAGUUUGGGAAGAAAUGGAAGAAGAACUGGUUCGUACUCUACCCAGCCAGUCAAAAUGGCAUUGCACGGCUAGAGUUUUAUGAUUGUUCAGGCUGCGCCAGCGAUAAACCCAGCACUAAGAAAAUGGACAAGAAGAUAAUUCGUCUCUCAGAAUGCAUCAGCAUACUCCCUGCUGUCACUGAAACCUGCCUCAAAGAAAACAUGGCCGCCUUCUGUGUUGAGACCAAUGACAAGACUUAUGUCUUUGCAGCAGAGAAACACAUUACCAAUGAGUGGGUGGAGAAGAUGUGUGAGAUCGCUUUUCAGGGAGGGAGUCCUUCUCUUGGUAGUUCUGACUCCAAUGGACAGCAAAAGCUUCAAAUGGCAGAAAAUCUAAUUUAUUACUCCAGAGAAGAAGUUAAUGAAUUUUGGGUGAGUGUCCAGAGGACAGAAGCAUCAGAGCGCUGUGGUCUCUCUGGAAAUUACUGGCUUAGGGCUAAUAUUGACAGCCUUAUCCUAAAGGAGCCCAAGACUAAAAAGGAUUUGCUGGUAUGGCCCUACAAACUCCUCCGUCGCUAUGGAAGAGACCGGGUUAUGUUCUCUUUUGAGGCUGGGCGACGCUGUGAAUCCGGGCCAGGGAACUUUACCUUCGAGACAAAGCAGGGAAAUGAGAUAUUCCACAUUAUUGAAGAUUCCAUCCGUGAGCAUAAAGCCCAAGGUGAAGAGCGACACCAAAGCUGUCCAUCAUUAGAUGGUGACUGCCCAUCUCUCCUGCAAAUUCGUGCUGCAAUUUCAGAGGGAAACAGUCGUGAACCAGAUGGAGAUUCUGGUGGCAGCAAACCUGGAUCGGCAGAUGGAGUCUUUGGUCGAAAGGAAAACGAUGGGAAAAUUUUAAAAGGCCGAAGCCUACCAGAGCCUCCGGCUCCAGUUGGUGGGACACCACCACGAUCUCCCAUGCCUCGUGGAUCCAAAAGUGGACAACUGUUAGAGGACCUGGGGAGCCUGUACUCUGAGCCUGCCGACUCCGUCCGUCCGCCACCCUGUUUAGGAGAGUGUCUGUACUCUGACCCGGUGGAUAGUAUCAAAACUGUCAUCCCUACUCCCAGCCCACGCCUCAGGCCAUCUGGCGAUGAGGGGAUCCACCACCAGGGCACCAAGUUUGAACCAUUCUACGCAGACAUCUAUGAUCAGGUUAGUCUGGAAUUGUUGCAGAGGACAGGGGCAUUGGGACUUGAUGGGCAAAGCAGGCACCCUGCAGAUGGUGGUCCAACAGAGCACAUCUAUGAUGAGCCAGAGGGACGGGCAGGACCUCCAACUACACAGCCUAUUAUCACACUUUACGAUGAAGCGCGGUUGGACACACAUCCCUGGAGAACCAGGGGAUUGGAGGAGCCUCAAGGUCAUGAGGUGGCCUACAAUCCAAAUGUGGAUGAUUAUUCAGUCACUCAUUUUGGAAAAGCUCACCAACCAUUGCCUGUGCCCAGACUUAAAGGCCCCAAGCCUGUCACAGCACCAAAGCCAGGCAAAGUAGUACUGCCCAAAAAAGAUCCUCCACCGCUGCCUCAAUGUAAGGGCAGUACUAACCUGAACAACAAUAACAGUAGCAACAGCCAGGGGUUGACAGCGGUUGUCAUUGACAGUAGGGCUGGAGGAGUUGGUAGAGGAUUUGGUGCUGCUGAAAGGGCAGGUAAUAAUGUGGAUCUUUACAGUAAAGAUCCUAGACAUAGGCUUCCUGCAAAUGCUUGGCAUCCUACCAUGCAAACUCCAGACAUCAUCUAUGACAACUUGGGUGACAUUUGACCUAACCCUUGAAGACAUUAAAGCUGUCUGGUCUUUUUUUCCUCAGCCCUUUAGAUGUAAAACCAUAGUUGGAGGAAAUAUGCCCAUGGUUCACAAGGAAGACCUUGUGACCUUUUAUCUACCUGAACAUUUCAUUAGUAAUUUAGUCAUUGAUUGCAGCUGAUACCAAAAUUACUAUUGAGAGCUAGGGCUGUACAAACAGAAUGGUGGGGCUAGGGCUGUCUUUGCCACAAUGGUGGACUAAGGAACAACAGAAAACAGACCCCAACAUCUUUUUAUGUGGAUAAUGUCCUUUGAAAGGGCCUGUACUGGAAUAUGCCACAUUUUGCACUUAUCAAAUUCACAAAUUAGUCCUGUUUUGUAAAUCUGAGUCUGUGAUUGCAUGUCAAAAACUGUAAAAUAUUAUGAAGUAUAACUUCCCCAUGCAGUAGUAUUGAGUGUUUAGUGUUGAAGUCUAAACGUUAUCUAAUAAAUCCAACUUAAUGGUGUAUGUGCAGUAGAAAAAAGGUCAGUCACUGCACAAACAAACCUUGGAUAUUUUUGCAUGAAGAUUGUAGCAGAAAGGAUACUAAUCCACUGCUGUGCCUGUCUGUCUGUCUGUGUGUGUCGGCAGCUGUGCUGUUGUUUAACAUGAUAAUAAAAUAUUAUAGUAAAAGAGUCCAAAGACUCUACAUGCUCUUACUUUUCCUCAUGAAAAUAUACAUACCAAUAUAUGUAAUUCCAAGGAAAAUCUGGACUUGGUUUGUGGUGUCUUUAGUCAUUAAGAGGGCAUGAAAUUACCCUGAAUACCCUAUCCUUUAGUCACUGUCCCAUAUUCACCCCAUGCUCUUUUGUCCUGAACUGCAUUUGACAACUGAGGGAUAAUCCUGAUGCAAAGUGAAUAUUAACCAUCUGUUUAACAUUGGGGCCUUCAAAUGGCAGUUAAAUGUUGGCUGAGUUAAAAUGUGUCUGCCUGGCAGGGUUUGAAGGUACAGACUGUUCCCUGUCCCUGUCCUCGCUCAAUUCCUUUUGUCCUCUCUCCAGUCUCCCCUUCCACUGCUUAAUUUUUUUUCUUUUGAGUGGACUGCCAAAAUAUAAUCUAUUCAUCAAUUUAUUUUUAUUUUUUAUAAAAUAUGCAGUGCAGUUAAGCAGAAAUGCUGUGAAACUGUUGACAGAGCACAGUGCUUUUCAAAAGAAUACUUUAAUUUGGCCCAGGUUCUGCCAUACAGUUUACCACCAUACUAUGUAUGCAGGAUUAUGCAGAGCAACAUUAUCUGCUUAAACAGCAUAUUACUCUUAGAUAUUAAAAAAGUGCAUUGACUGCCUCUUUGCUCUUCUUAAAGAAAUGGUUCACCCAAAAAUUAUCCUUAUCCUCCUGUUAAAGAUGUCAGGCUGAAUGUGAGCCACGUUUGCUAUUCACUUGGAUUGUAUGGAAAAAAUAUGCAAUAAAUGUGAAUUGUGACUGAGGCUAACAUUCUGCCUUCUUUUGUGUUACACGAAAGACUAAAUCAUACGGGGUUUACAACAUGAGGUUGAGCAAAUUAUAACAAUUAAAAAUUUUGAAUGAACUAUCCCCCCAUUGUCAUUCAAUACAAUCUUAACAGAAUGUACCAGGUUCAAUACAAGUUCAAUCAACAGCAUUUGUGGCAUAAUGUUGAUUAAUUAUUUUGACUCGUCCCUCCUUUACUUAAAAAAAAAAAAUAAAGCAAAAAUCUGGAUUACAGUGAGGUACUUACAACGGAAGUGGGGCCAAUGUUUGUAGAUUUUAAAAGCAAAAAUAUGAAGCUUAUAACUUUAUAAAUAUCAAUUGCAUUUAUUCUUCUGUUAAAACUCGUGUAAUAUUUGAGCUGUAAAUUUGUUUAAAUUGUAAUUUUUACAGUCAUCAUGACAACGAAAUUGUAAAAUUGGCUAUAACUCCAAAAAGGUUAGUAAGCAAUUGUAUCACACUAAAAUCAUGUUAACACACAUAUCGUUUACAUCUUGUGGCUCUACUUUUGAAACAGUAUUUUAACAAAAAAUUGGCCCCGAUUCACUUCCGUCAUAAAGCCUCAUUGUAACCCAGAUUUUGAAAAUCGAUGGAGUCAAAAUUAUUUUUUGUUAAUCAACAUUAUGCUACCAAUACUGUCAAUUGAGCUUAACUUGUACUGAACUUGGAACAUUCCUUUAAUGAAGAUUUAACAUUAUUUGUCUUUUCGGAAAUUUCUUGUUGGAUAUAAUACAUUACAAACAUGCUGAGAAAAUAUUUGAGACAAGCAGAAUGUGGUGUAAACAUGCUUGAUCAUGCUAAAUGUAGAUCCUUUCUAUUUAAAGCUACAUUUUACCACCAAAGCUUGUGUCGUGAAAAGGUCACAUUAUCAAAGUUUCAGUUUUUGUAUCUUGCAGUUGAAGGUGCAAAUUGGUUCAGUUUGGAUGCAUUUCUCAUUUUAUACUAGUUCCUGUUUUCUAGAAUGUUCCGUUAAUGUUAUAGUUCCACUGGCCACUAAAUGCUUGGAUAACCAAAUUGAAAACAGAACUGAGCUAUUGCUCUCUGGAGUGUGAAGCAAACGAUGGGGAAGUUAAUUGUUUGCUUAAAAUGCUUAGUCUUACUACCAGAAUUCUAAGCAAUGUCACUAUUUGAAAUACAUCUGUACACCUAAAUAAACUU